GGCGCUAACGGAAAGGUCGGCAGAGAACCAGCGUCUCGAGCCCCUUGGAAGCCAGUUGAGGGCGAUUCUCCAUGAAUGUACGUCACAAUGAUGAUGACAGACCAAAUCCCUCUGGAACUGCCCCCGUUGCUGAACGGAGAGGUAGCCAUGAUGCCUCACUUGGUGAAUGGAGAUGCAGCUCAGCAGGUUAUUCUCGUCCAAGUUAAUCCAGGUGAGACUUUCACAAUUAGAGCGGAGGAUGGAACACUUCAGUGCAUCCAAGGGCCUGCCGAAGUCCCCAUGAUGUCACCGAAUGGAUCCAUCCCUCCUAUCCACGUUCCUCCAGGUUAUAUUUCACAGGUGAUUGAAGAUAAUACUGGAGUCCGCCGGGUGGUGGUCACACCCCAGUCUCCUGAGUGUUACCCCCCGAGCUACCCCUCCGCCAUGUCUCCAACCCAUCACCUUCCCCCCUAUAUGACUCACCACCCGCAUUUUAUUCAUAACUCACACACCGCCUAUUACCCUCCCGUGACUGGACCUGGAGAUAUGCCACCUCAGUUCUUUCCUCAGCAUCACCUGCCCCCCACCAUUUACAGCGAGCAAGAAAUUAUACCACUCUAUGGAAUGUCAAGCUACAUUACCCGGGAAGACCAGUGCAGCAAACCUCCGCACAAAAAACUGAAAGACCGCCAGAUUGACCGCCAGAACCGCCUCAGUAGCCCUCCUUCUUCUGUCUACAAAAGCACCUGCACGUCAGUGUACAAUGGCCACGGGAAGGGCCACGGUGGUGGCGGCUGCGGAGGCGGGGGAGGCGGCAGCAGUGGCGGGCCGGGAAUUAAGAAAACAGAGCGGCGAGCAAGAAGCAGCCCAAAGUCGAAUGACUCAGACUUGCAAGAGUAUGAGUUGGAAGUAAAGAGAGUGCAAGACCUCCUGUCAGGAAUAGAGAAGCCACAGGUGUCCAAUAUUCAGGCAAGAGCGGUUGUGCUGUCCUGGGCUCCCCCUGUGGGGCUUUCCUGUGGACCCCACAGCAGUCUCUCCUUCCCCUACAGCUAUGAGGUAGCCUUAUCCGACAAAGGGCGAGAUGGAAAAUACAAGAUCAUUUACAGUGGAGAAGAAUUAGAAUGCAACCUGAAAGAUCUGAGACCAGCAACUGAUUAUCAUGUGAGGGUCUACGCCAUGUACAACUCCGUAAGGGGAUCCUGCUCCGAAGCUGUUAGCUUCACCACCCACAGCUGUGCGCCCGACUGUCCCUUUCCGCCGAAGCUGACCUACAGGAGCAAAAGUUCCCUCACCUUGCAGUGGAAGGCACCAGUUGACAAUGGUUCAAAAAUCACCAACUACCUUUUAGAAUGGGAUGAGGGGAAACGGAACGGAGGCUUCAGACAGUGCUUCUUCGGGAACCAGAGACACUGCAAGUUGACAAAGCUGUGUCCGGCCACGGGCUACACGUUCAGGCUGGCUGCGCGGAACGACAUCGGCACCAGUGGUUACAGCCAAGAGGUCGUGUGCUACACGUUAGGGAACAUUCCGCAGAUGCCGUCUGCCCCGAGACUUGUCCGAGCGGGAGUCACCUGGGUCACGCUGCAGUGGAGUAAACCAGAAGGCUGUUCACCCGAGGAAGUGGUUACCUACACCUUGGACAUUCAGGAAGACGAGAAUGAUAACCUUUUCCACCCAAAAUACACUGGAGAGGAUUUAACCUGUACUGUGAAAAAUCUCAAAAGAAGCACACAGUAUAAAUUCAGGCUGACUGCUUCGAAUGCGGAAGGAAAGAGCUGCCCGAGUGAAGUCCUGGUUUGCACGACAAGUCCCGACAGGCCUGGCCCUCCCACAAGGCCCCUGGUUAAAGGACCGGUGACCUCUCAAGGCUUCAGUGUCACCUGGGAGCCUCCAAAGGAUAAUGGGGGUUCCGAAAUCCUCAAGUAUUUGCUGGAGAUUACCAAUGGAAAUUCCGAAGCGAGCCAGUGGGAGGUGGCCUACAGCGGAGCGGCUACAGAGCACACCCUCACCCAGUUGAAGCCAGGCACUCUGUACCGGCUCCGAGCGUGCUGCAUCAGUACGGGCGGACACAGUCAGUGCUCUGAAAGUCUCCCGGUCCGCACACUAAGCAUUGCACCCGGGCAGUGCCGGCCGCCGAGGGUUUCAGGUAGACCAAAGCACAAAGAAGUCCACUUAGAGUGGGAUGUCCCCGCCUCGGAGAGUGGCUGUGAGGUGUCGGAGUACAGUGUGGAGAUGACGGAGCCGGAGGACGUGGCCUCCGAGGUGUACCACGGGCCCGACCUGGAGUGCACCGUGGGGCACCUGCUUCCUGGGACUGUGUACCGCUUCCGGGUGAGGGCUCUGAAUGAUGGAGGGUACGGUCCCUAUUCGGACGUGUCAGAAAUCACCACUGCUGCAGGGCCCCCUGGACAAUGCAGAGCACCUUGUAUUUCGUUGACGCCCGAUGGAUGGGUCGUGGUGAGCUGGGAGAGCCCGGAAAGUUCUGGAGCCGACAUCUCCGAGUACAGGUUGGAGUGGGGAGAAGAUGAAGACUCUUUAGAACUCAUUUACCAUGGGACAGAGACGAGCUUCGAAAUCCGAGACCUGCUGCCCGCAGCACAGUACUGCUGUAGACUCCAGGCUGUCAAUCAAGCUGGCGCAGGGCCGUACGGUGAGCUCGUCCAUUGCCAGACACCGGCGUCUGCCCCGGACCCUGUCUCCACACUCUGUAUCCUGGAGGAGGGGCCCACCAGCGCCUGUCCUGAUUCACCUUCUGUGUGCCUUGUUCUGACCUGGGAAGAGCCGUGCAGUAACGGGUCGGAGAUCCUUGCUUACAACAUUGACCUUGGAGACACGAGUAUUGCCGUGGGUAAUACCACCACUUACGUGGUGAGAGAUCUCCUUCCGGAAACCACCUACAGGAUCAGAAUUCAGGCCAUCAAUGAAAUUGGAGCGGGGCCCUUUAGCCAGUUCAUUAAAGCAAAAACUCGGCCGUUACCACCCUCGCCUCCUAGGCUAGAGUGUGCUGCAGCCGGUCCCCAGAGCCUGAAGCUGAAGUGGGGGGACAGUAACGCGAAGACCCAUGCCGCCGCCGAUGACGUGGUGUACACGCUGCAGCUGGAGGAUCGGAACAAGAGGUUUAUUCCAAUCUACAGAGGACCUAGCCACACCUACAAGGUCCAGAGGCUGACGGAGUUCACGGGCUACUCCUUCCGAAUCCAGGCUGCAAGUGAUGCCGGCGAAGGGCCCUUCUCCGAAACCUAUACCUUCAGCACAACCAAAAGUGUGCCCCCUGCCAUCAAAGCACCCCGAGUGACCCAGUUAGAAGGAAAUUCAUGUGAAAUUCUAUGGGAGACGGUACCACCAAUGAGAGGUGAUCCUGUCCACUACAUCCUGCAGGUACUGGUUGGAAGAGAAGCUGAAUAUAAACAGGUGUACAAGGGAGAAGACGCCACAUUCCACAUCUCAGGCCUGCAGAGCAACGUGGACUACAGGUUCCGCGUGUGCGCCUGUCGUCGCUGUUUAGACACCUCUCAGGAGCUCAGCGGAGCUUUCAGCCCCUCUGCGGCUUUUGUACUACAACGAAGUGAGGUCAUGCUUACAGGGGACAUGGGGAGCUUAGAUGACCCCAAAAUGAAGAGCAUGAUGCCUACUGAUGAACAGUUUGCAGCCCUCAUUGUGGCUGGCUUUGCGACUUUGUCUAUUUUAUUUGCCUUUAUAUUACAGUACUUCUUAAUGAAGUAAACACACCCAACAAAACUUAGAGGUAUGAAUUUCAUUAAUGCUACACAUUUUAAUACACACAUUUAUUCAGCUACUCCCUUCUCUACUUCUUUUUUUUGUUGUUCUUUGAUUUAUAUACUUCUCUUGUUUUACAGAUUUAGCUAGGAAAAAAAAUAUAUAUCUAUAUAUCAGUGUUUUGGUGCACCUUUUUGAAAUGCAAGACUAGGAAGAGGUUAAACUGGAUUUUAAAAGAAGAAAACACACACACACACACACACACACGAAAAACAAGCCAGAUACCAAAAGCUAGCUUUCUUAGGUUUUCUUGUAAGUUUUCACAUUCGUUUUUUUGUUUUGUUUUUAUUCUCACUGAUGUCUUUUUGCAAGCCUUUGGGGGUGGUUUUGGUGUUUGUUUUUAAUGUUUAGUAAUUUAUAUUCCCCAGUCACGUAUGUUGUGAACACCUGUAUGUGUAGACAUGAGUCACAGUCGGGUAGGGAAAGGGCUAGGGCUUCAGAGGGGUCAGUAUGACCACCACCAUACCUUGCAGAAGCUCACGUUCACUAGGACAUGGCUGCCUGAGAUGAGUUCCAUUAUAUGUCACUCGGUUGUUGAAUUGUUUAGCUCAUUUAAAUUAAAAUGUGUACUUCAACCGAAAAUGUUUUAAUAAUCUGUAUUUCUUAUGAUUUUAACACUAUGAGCUGCCUGUCUACAAAAUCAAGUAACCAAAAUGCAACUAUACAUGAUGGAGCAUUGUAGAUUUUUACCACGUCGAUUCCUAGCAGGAACUUUAAGAGGGCAUUGUGCAAUAGUUAGUUGUUUCCUUGUUCAGCUGUUUUAAAAGCUGCUUUAACUUGUGUAUGUGUCUUUGUAUAUAACUACUUCUAAUCUAAUCACUAGAGUUAAUUAUAUUCUGUUAUGUUUGACCAGAAUGAUAUGAUGAGAACUGGUGACGGUUUUAGUGCCUCUGCCCGUUGUCCACAAUUCACACUAAGGAUGAUCAAGCUUCCUGCGCGUCAGCUCCUUAUUUCUGAAAGAUUUGCCGCUAGGCCGUUGUUUGAGGUAUCAAUGAAGUGAUUGAAUUUUAGUACCUUCAUUCAGUGCACAAAAUGCUAACAGCAGAUAAAAACGGAUAAAGCCCCCGAAAUGCGUCAUCUAAAUGUGUAGUUCCUCUCUCUGUGGGGUUGACCAGGCCAGGUGUGGAGAUGGGGAGGGAUGGCAUUAGGGGGUAAGCAUAGGGUGUUUGUGGGUCAAGAAGACUCGAUUCUCUCCCUGGACCUGUCACUAAUUUGCUGCGUGACCGAAACAUGUCACUUUACCUCUGUGCCUCAGUUUUCCCAUGCAUUAAAAAGAUAAAGUAAAAAUGGGGAUUCUAGAUGUUUGUAAGUGCUUUGAGAUCCUUGACCCACAGGUGCUAUUGCAGUGUAAACUGUUACUCUUGCAUGUUUCUCUGGAGUCACGAGAUAAUCAGUUUUAGCCCAAAGUCCUUGGACUAGUUGAAUGAAGACCAUGCUGUCCGCAUACCUCAGAGACACGUAGGAGCUGGAGAUGCAAACAUAUUCCAAAAGGGUGCGACAGACACAGUGUAUUCCCCUGCUUCGGUUUUUGUAUAUUUUUGCUCUUUGGUUUUUCUCAAUCAUAGCUACUUUGUGCUUGGUCUAUGUCGUCUUAAGAUGCAGUAUCCUGUACUAGCGUAUAAUAUUCCCAUACCAAAGUCGUGGGGAAACCAACAUUAUUUUGUCUUUUUUGGUUUAUUUAUACUAUAUUCUGCAUACAGUACUUUAAAUGCCAAUUACAGUGCAAUCUUUAUUUAUUGUAAAAUUUUUAAAAUGUACUUAUGUACUAAUUUUCCCUUGUAGCAUGUUAUUAUUAUUAUUUUUUUUUUGGUAUGUGUUUUAUACUUUUGUAAUUCUAGGUCACUGAAUUCUUUGGCAACAUCUGUAGUAGUAUUAAUCACCUGACAAUUUCUUGUAUUUUUAAGGAGAAGAGCAUCUAGUGCAUUAAAUGCCAAAAAAAAAAAAAUUCCAUUAUCAGUGAUUGAAACGUUUACAUGUACCCCCCAAAAUCAUAAUCAUCUCUUGAAAGAAAGUGGUAAGAUCAGUGAAUUAUUCCAUGUGCCUAUAUUGCUGUAGUAAAUAAUAGAGAAUUUUGUAUUUUGUUACUGACUAUAAUCGGUUUGAUUCACCUUGCAAACUAAUGGCACCAAGGUAAAUAUAUUUUUGCCGAAGUUCUUCCGAAACUCAUCCGUCUGUUUUAAGUAAAUGUGUGAUAUGACCCUCUCUGACACAGCAUCUGCAUUUUCAGAUACGAUUUCAUGCAGGUGUUUCGUGAAAAAGGCAUGGUUUAGGGGAUGGAGAUUCAACUGAGUACAAAAACCCUACUGUUUGCAAAGAAAAAUAGCCCUUUGGGGAGCGCUUCAGCCUGGCUGCUGUGAAGGGAUUCUCCGAGUUGGUUAUUGCCUUCCUAACGUGAACUUACACCAACCUUGUUGGGAAGAUUGAUCCUUCUGAGACGUCAUACUGUCUGUCCAACCAGCAGGAAGCUGAAGCGUGUGAUAUACAAGCUGACGGCACUUUAUUUUAUUGCUCUCCACACUAUUUGUCUUUGUUAGUAACCCUUCUUCAGGAAACUAUUGCUGUGUGUGGCGCUGUGCUCUAUCACACCUGUGUAGACGUGAUAUUGGUCUGUAAUUAGCUACUGCCAUGACACAUGAACAAUAAAAUAAAGUGUUAUAGGAAUCUUAACUUCUUUGCUCAUUGUGGUCCAUAGAAGAAGGAAGCAGUUGUCUUUUCCUGUGCUCGGCUUCUCUCUGUGUCCCGCUCACCCCUGGCCCAAGAAACGCCAGUCAUAUCACGUGAUGCUGAUGGCCUUGGGUGCUCAAAGAAACCUUUUUAAAAGAAAACUUGUUUGAAAUAACGUUUUGUUUUUUCCUUGUCAUAUGCCUUGUUCUUAUCGACUUGAAACGUUGGCAUUUUCUACCCUUGUUUUGUUGGCUACAGUAAUUCAGUAUUCAUGUCAGAAUUGAAAAGUGCCCUAAUUGAAUGUGUUUGAAUGUUAUCCUUGCACAGUUCUUUAAAUUGAAAAACAAAAUGUUUUACCUCACUGUUGGACAUACAUUCCAAGCUUUUCAACUUUAAGGGAGAAAAAGAGAAAAAGAAUCAUGUUUUCCUGUAUUGUAAAUUUCAAGACUAUUUCAUAUACCUUGUAUUAAAACUGCCAUAUCAAUUUUAAUGUAUAGAUUUUGCAAAUAUUAUGCUCUAUGUAAUACCUAACUGUAUCUGUAGUGUAUAUGUAAUAUAUUUAUGCUCAAUAAAUGUUUUAAUUCUUUCUGA